UGCAAUAUCAACACCUUCACAUUUUAUUCCACAAAGAAUCCACUAAAUCUCACCAUGAACUUCUACAAGGUCUUCGUCUUCGUUGCCCUCAUUCUGGCCAUAAGCAUUGGACAAUCGGAAGCUGGCUGGCUGAAGAAAAUUGGAAAGAAAAUUGAGCGCGUUGGCCAACACACUCGAGAUGCCACAAUCCAGGGCCUGGGCAUCGCUCAACAAGCAGCGAAUGUGGCAGCCACUGCACGAGGCUGAUGACCAUGAUUACCUAUCACUGAUUAUUGUAUACAAAAAGUCUUAUUUAUUUUAUAAUCUUAAGUAAAUAAAAUAUCAGAAAAU